AUGAAAUUAUUAGUUUGGUGGUUAUUUAUAGUACAAGUUAUCAGUUCUGAGAUCUCAGGAGCUAUCAUUUUAUUCCUUGGAGAAUCUCUGAGUUUGAAUUCCAUUCAAACGGAAUUCAAACAGUAUGUAAAAGAUUUGGGAUAUAGUGUUAAACAUGAAUAUGAUACUAUAUUCAAAGGGAUGGCAAUAGAAUUUCCAUAUCCAAUGACAGAAUUUGAUUUUGAUGCUUUAGAAGGAUCUCUCAAACAGUUUAGAUGGAAGGAAUUACAAAAUGAUGGUAUUACUUUGGAUGUUUCUCCAGAUAGUACUGUUGAUAUUAUGAGUUAA